UCGACCCCACGUCGCCCCCAAGGAGCAGGUUGGGACCCAGCGGGCCCCUUUCCAAACAGAGGAGGGGGAGGGGAGGGGGGGGAGGAGGCGGAGGGGGAGCAAGAGGCAAGUAACUCAGAGGUUUUGAACCCCAAAAAAAAAACCACUGGGGGACUGGGGGGAGAGGAAAGGGGGCAGGAGGGGGAGGGGGAGCCAGAAAGGCCCCAAAAGGGAAUAUUUUGAUUUGGGUGUGGGGGGGGGACUGACGCAAGGGGAAAUUGUGUUUUUGGGGUGUGUGUUUAUGUGUAGGGUAUGUUUUUAAAGGGAAGGGGUUUUGUGGGGGGGUUUUUUUGGAGGGAGUGUGUGGAGGAGUGGGGGUUUUUUUGGGUUAAGGGUGUGUUUUGUGGGGUGUUUUUUGGGGGAAAGGGGUGGUUUGGGUUUUUUGGGGGUUUGUUUGGGGGGGUGGUUUUUAAAGGGGAGGUGUUUUUGGGGGGGUUUUUUUAAGGGUUGGGUUUUUGUUGGUUUAAAUUAAAAAGGGUGGGGUAUGAUUUGUGUUUUUUAAGGGUGUGUGUCUGUGGGGUUUUUGGGUUUGGGGGGCUGUGUGUAUAGUGAAAUGUGGGGGUCCAACCCUUUGGUGAGUGUUUUGACACAGAAAGGGGGGUUAGGGGUGUUUGAAGCGGGUGGUGAUUGAAGCGGGGUGGUGUUUGAAGCGGGUGUGUGAUUGAAGGGGGGUGGGUGAUUAAAGGGGGGGUUAUUUUUUGAACCCUUUAACACUCUUGGGUUUCAUAAAGCGGGGUUUUGGGCCUUUGGUUUUGGUUGGGUUUGUGUGUGUGUGUGGUGUGUGGGUGGGGUGGUGUGUGGGACAGUUUAAAACGCCUUUUCGAACAAAAAAAGUAAAACCCAGAGCUGCGCCCCCAAAAAAACCCCCUUUUCCCCUUUAAUAGGAAAUACCCAGCUAGCAUUUAACGUUCUGAAAAACCAUUUUUGUUUUUUUAGACCUUGGGUUUUGAGGGGGGCGGGUUGUCCUUUUGGUUAUUUGCAUAAAACCCUUCCCAACGUUCUAAAAAAGGUGAGAAUGGGUUGUUUGGGCUCUGGAACAUUUAAGCACAUUUAAGGAACUUGAAAAAAAAAAACGUUUUUUUUCUUGGCAUUUUUUUACUUUAACAAAAACUUUCCUAAAAGUUCGAAAAUGUACAUUCAUUUAAAAUUUUGGGUAAUGUUUGGAAUGUUUCCAAAGGGUUUUGGGACUUUGGAAAAUUUUUUUUGAAACAUUCGUGAACUUUUUUAAGGAAAAACCUUUAAAAUUUUCCGUUCCCGGGAAAAAAAUUUCAAGGAACCAAAAGUAAAACAUUCUCGGGAAUCCCCCGGGAAACCCAAAAAAAAAAACUUUCCCAAAGAAACAGGCAUAACUUUUUUCGUUUUUGUUCUCAAAAACCCUUAAAAAAUUUCUUUUUUUCCCGGUUAGGAAAACGUUUGGCUUCUUUCCCCAAAAACCAAUGAAAAAACCCAAAAAACAUAUGUUCCCCAAUUUAGGGAAACCCAAAUGCGCUAGCUGGUUAUUUAUUGGUCAAAAUUUGGGUUGCAGUUCGGGGGGGGGCCCGGGCGGGGACUUUUAGCCCCAGACCAUUUCAUAUAAUUCCCCAAUAACAGUCUACCCCAAAACACACAACACACACCCCAAGGACACACACACACACAGACCCACACAACACACAGAAACACCCCACACACGGGACACACACACACACACACACCAGAACAAACACACAAAAAAGGGGACAACACAGACACACACAGAACACACAAAACCCCAAAAGACACAGACAAGACACACCCAACACCCCACAGACACACACACACACCAAAAACAAAACACUCCACUUUUUCCCCAACUCUGGCCUGCUAGAUAGAUAAAUUAGCUCUAGAAAAAAAUUCCCCCUCCCCAGGGGUACAGGUGUACAGUAUCUAACCCCAAGUGGUUCUCGCUUGUCCCCCGUUUACCCCAGGAAUUUUGGGGGGUUAUGGAGAGAGAAAAAUUUAAUUUUUUCCAAACUUUCAGGAAUGGGAAGGGAAAGUUUUUUUUGCCUUGUCAGGGCUAAUUUCUGGUCCUUUCCAAAAUAGUUUCUUUGGGUUUUUAAUUUUUUUGUAGGUGGGGGGGGGGGGGUAGAAGGGUGCAUCUGGGCCCUUUUAAAUUUUGAAAUUUUUACCAAAGUUUUGGGAGAGUUGGUUAGGAGGUGGGGGGUGUGGCCUGAGCUUAAAAGUUUAAAGGUUUUGUAUCAGUCAGCAGAGGAAAUGUUUAAGGGAUUUCAUUUAAAUUUUCCUUUCAAGAUCAUUGGAACUGAAUCUCAGAAACCCCUUUCCAAAAAAACAUUAACAUAGGGAAAACACCCGGGGCUCAUUUGAAUGUUUAAAAGUCAGAAAAAAAGCCCGGAAAUUUUAUCGAAUGGUUAAAAAGUCAGAAAACAGCCCGGAUCAUCUUUAAUGUGCUUUUGGGGCAAGACGAAAUAUUUGAUUAGAUUUUUUUCACCUAAUUUUAGGAGGUUUUUUGAGAGUUAAAAGUGCCCCGGGGUAUUAUAGAGUUUAAAAGUGCCCAGGGGUAUUAAGAGAGUUAAAAGUUUCCCCGAGUAUUAUGGAGUUAAAAAGUGCCCAAGAGUUUUUAGAGAGUUAAAAAUGCCCCGAGUAUUUUAGAGAGUUUAACAGGGGGCCCCGCACCCACCAAAAACCCGGCUAGAACCUGGCUGCCAGCAACGCAUUUUAAAUUGUUUUUGGUCAGAAGCUUUCCCGGAAGGAUAUUUAGGAAAACAUAGCUAAAAUGAUCUCAAAGCCCACCACAACCCAAAAAAGCUGAAGGAAUCCAGGGAAAAAAUGCUAAAAUGAUCUCAAUGCUUUACCCCAACAAAAAAGCUGAAGGAUAUCCCGGGGAAAAAAUAGCUUAAAAAGAAACCAAGGUCACCACAACAAACAGCUGAAAGGGAACCAGGAAAAACUAGUAAAAAAGGGUUCAAAAUUUUCACCCCAAAAAAACAGUGAAGGUAUCCAGGAAAAACAUAGUAAAAUGAUCUAAAUUUUCAAAAACAACAAAAAAACUGGGAAAGGGUAUCCCCGGAAAAAAUAGCUUAAAAAAGAUCUAAUUUCACCACAACAAAAAAGUGAAGGAUUUUCCAGGAAAAAUAGAUAAAAUGAAACCUUUAAUGGAAAUUUUAAACCAACCCCAAAACAGCUGAAGGGGUAUUCGGAAAAAAUAGCUAAAAAAGAUCUCAAUGUCACCACAAAAAAAAAAGGGUGAAGGAUAUCCCGGAAAAAAUAGCUAAAAAAGAACUCCCAAAAACUCACCCCAAAAAAAAAGCUGAAGGAAUUUCCAGGAAAACAUAGCUAAAAUUAUCUAAAGCCCCACCACAACAAACAGUGAAGGUAUCCAGGAAAAAAAUAGCUAAAAAGAUCUCAAAAACUCACCACAACAAACAGCUGAAAAGGUUUUCCGGAAACAUAGCUGAAAAAAGAAAAUUUAAUUUCACCACAACAAAAAAGGGUGAAGGAUAUCCAGGGGGAAAAAAUAGCCAAAAUGAUCUCAAUGCUAUUACAACAAAAGCUUUAAGGAUAUUUGGAAAAAAAUAGCUUAAAAAAAGGGAAUUUUCCCAAGCUCCCACAAAAAAAACAGCGGGAAAGGGGAAACCAAAGGAAAAAAAUAGUAAAAUUCUCAAUUCUCACCAAAAACAAACAGUGAAAAGGGUAUUGGAAAAAAUAGCUUUAAAAAGCCCCACCACAACAAAAAAAAAUUUUACAAUGUUUAAAAAAAUAGGUUUUCUCUAAAGGAAAGUAGGGGCAUCUUGGCAGUAUAAUUAAAUUUUAAAAAAAAUUUAAAAUUAAUAUUUCCAUUUUGCAGACGCUUUUAUCCAAAGCGGGCUUUUCAGUAAAGGGGGGUACAUUUUUUUUGUUUUUGGUGGUUUGGGGGCCCGGGGGUCGAGACAAAAUAAAUGAGAAUUUUUGUCCUUUCCGGGAAAAGGAAAAAGGGAACCUUUUCCCCCCCGAUACGUGAUCAAACUGAUAUCAGAGGGGGCUUGGUGGGAUGUAUCACGGAGGAAUUUGGGGCAUGCCCCGGGUCGAAAGUGAACCAGAAGAUUUCAAAUAACCUCGAAUGGAAUCUUUAAGCUGUGGAACCAUCAGACCCAAAAUCAACAUUUUGAAAGACAAGGGGGGGGAAAAGGGGAAAAAAAGGUCCAGGGCCCGGGCCUUCCCUUUAUCCCGGGGCCUGUCUGCUAGACUGAGGAAAAAAAAAAGCCAGCAAAAUUUAUUUUUAAUUUAGGGCAUCAAGGGGAAACAAGUCUCAACUUCGAUUUUCGGCAAAUACUGGGGUAGGGGAAAGGGGAAACAGGGGAAUGGGUGAAAAAAAGGGCCCAUUUAAGGGCCCGGGAAAAGGGUGCAGGAAAACCCUUUCCCGUUGAAGAAAAAAUCCCCGUGCCCCGAGGAAAAGACAUUGACUACUACAGUGAUGCCCAAGGGCCCCGCUUAUGUUAAAUUGAGAAAAAAGUUUUUCCCCCCUUUCCCCCCAAAACAAUGACGUAUUUUCCCUAAGUUAAAGGGUUUUCUGGAAAAAAAAAAUAUAAUUAGCCGAGCAAAUGGAUAAUGGCAAUAAAAGACAAAUAUAAAACAGGAAACCCAAAACAUGUAUGUAAAUUGUAAAAAAUUUUUUAGUGUCGGCAUAGAAUGGGAGGGUGAGGAGGGUGAAAGGGGGGGUGUUUGUGGAGGAGUGGUGAAGGGGGGUUGGGGUGUGGAGGGGGGGGAAAUGGAUGUGGGGGGGGAGGAGUGGGGGAAAAGGGAGAUGGUGUGGAGGGUGGUGAAGGGGGAUGUGUUGGAGGGGGAGUUGGGGGGAAGGGGGAUGUGUGUGGAGGAGUGGUGAAGGUGGAUGUGUGGGGGAGGAGUGGUGAAGGUAUAAAGUGGGUGGUGAAGGGAAAAGUGUGUGGAGGAGUGGUGUGAAGGGAGAUUGUGUGGGAGGAGUGGUGAAGGUAGAUGUGUGUGGAGGAGUGGUGAAGGUAGAUGUGUGUGGAGGAGUGGUGAAGGUGGAUGUGUGUGGAGGAGUGGUUUAAAGGGGGGAGGGGGCUUUUGGAGGGAAAAUGGGAAGGUUUGAGUGUGUGGGGAGUGGUUUAAGGUAGUGGUUGGGGAGUUUGGGGAAAGGGGGAUGUGUGUGGGGGAGGGGGGGGAAGGUGGGUGGUGGGGAGGAGUGGUGAAGGUGGAAAGGGGGGGGGGGGGGAGGGGAAAGGGGGGUUUUUGAAAGGGGAUUUUUGAAAGGGGAGUGGUGGAAGGGGGGGAUUGGGGGGAGUGGGGAAGGGGGAGUGGGAAGGGGGGUGAAGGUUUGGGGGGUGUGGGGGGUGUGUAGUUAGGGGUGGAUCUUAAGGGGGGUUGGGGGGGGGCAAGGGGGAAAGACAGAGGUGGGGGUAAAAGGGGUGGAUGGGUUUUAAAAAGGGGGUAAGGGGUUUGGAGGGGGGAAAAAACUGGGCCGGGAAAGGGUUAAAGGGGGGGUAAGGGAAAGGGGGUGGGGAGAAAAUGGGGGCCCGGGGGGUAAAGGGGGGGGGGGGGGGGGGGGGGGGGGGGGGUAAGGAUAGGAGGUGGGGAUAAACUGGGCCUGGAUGGGUAAAGGGGGGGGAGGAUAGGAGGUGGGGGUAAAACUGGGCCCGGGGGGGGUAAAGGGGGGGUAAGGAUAGGAGGUGGGGGGUUAAAAAAUGGGCCCGGAUGGGGUAAAGGGGGGGUACGAUAGGAGGUGGGGAAAACGGGCCCCGGAGGGGGGGGGGGGGGGGGGGGGGUGGUAAGGAAAAGGAAAUGGGGCCUUUUUUUUUUUUAAGGGGGGGAUAAAAAUGGGGAUUUGGGUGGGAAAGGGGGGGGGGAAGGAUAGGAGGUGGGGAUAAACUGGGCCUGGAUGGGUAAAGGGGGGGGGGGGACGGGGUGGAGGGUGGGGGAUUAAAAAUGGGGCCCGGGUGGGGUUUAAAGGGGGGGGAGGGUGGAGGGGGGGGUAAACUGGGGCCGGGGGUGGGGGAAAGGGGGGGGGGAUGAUAGGAGGUGGGGGGUUAAAACUGGGCCUUUGGGUGGGUGGGGGGAAAGGGGGGGGGAAGGGUAGGAGGUGGGGAUUUAAAAGGGCCCGGAGGGGGGAAAGGGGGGGGAAAGGGGGGGAGGUGGGGUAAAAUGGGCCAUGGGAAAAGGGGGGGGGGGGUAAGGGGAAGGGGGGUGGGGAUAAACUGGGCCUGGAUGGGUAAAGGGGGGGGGGGGGGGUUGGGGAAAAAGGGGGGGGGGGGGGGGGUAAGGGUAGGAGGGGGGGGGAAAAAAAUGGGCCUGGAUGGGGGAAAGGGGGGGGGUUUUAAGGGUAGGAGGUGGGGAAAAAAACGGGGCCCCCGGGUGGGUAAAGGGGGGGGGGGGGGAAGGAAAGGGGGUGGGGAUAUAAACGGGGGCCUGGAGGGGGGAAAAGGGGGGGGGGGUUUUAAAGGGUAGGAGGUGGGGUAAAAUGGGCCCCGGGGUGGGGAAAGGGGGGGUGGUAAGGUAAAGGAGGUGGGGAUAAACUGGGCCUGGAUGGGUAAAGGGGGGGGGGAAGGAAAAGGAGGGGGGAUAAACUGGGCCUGGAUGGGGAAAGGGGGGGGAAGAUAGGAGGGGGGGGAAAAAUGGGGCCCGGAGGGGUUUAAAGGGGGGGGAAGGAUAGGAGGGGGGGAUAAAAAUGGGCCGGGGUGGGUUUAAAGGGGGGGGGUAAGGGUAGGAGGUGGGGAAAAAAACUGGGCCGGGGGGGUUUAAAGGAAGGGUUUAAGGGGAAGGGGGGGGGGAUAAAUGGGCCGGGUGGGUUUAAAGGGGGGGGGAAGGGUAGGAGGGGGGAUAAAAGGGAGGAGGGGUUUUUUUAAAAAGGGGGUAAAAAGGGGUAGGAGGUGGGGGGGUUUAAAAAAGGGGCCCGGAUGGGGAAAGGGGGGGGGUAAGGAUAGGAGGUGGGGAUAAAAUCCCCUGGAAAAAGGGGGUUUAAAGGGGGGGGGGUAAGGAUAGGAGGGGGGGGAAAAUUAAACUUUUUUUUUUGGGGGCCCGGAUGGGUUUAAAAAGGGGGGGGGAAAGGGUAGGUCGGGGGGGGUAGAUAACUUUUAAAGGCCUGGGUGGGUAAAGGGGGGGGGGGUUUAAAGGGUGGGGGGGGGUGGGGAAAAAAAACUGGGCCCGGGGUGGGUUUUAAAGGGGGGUAAAGGGUAGGAGGUGGGGAUUGGGUGGGGUAAAGGGGGGGGUUAAAAGGGGGGGUAAGGAUAGGAGGUGGGGAUAAACUGGGCCUGGAGGGGUAAAGGGGGGUGGGAUAGGAAAAGGGGGCCAAAAUUAUUUAAAAGGGUGGGGGUUUAAAAAAAAGGGGGUAAGGGUAAAGGUUUUAAAAGGAAAAAGGGGGGGGGGAAGGAAAACUGGGGGCCGGGUGGGAAAGGGGGUAAAAGGAUAAAAGGGGGUGGGGGAUAAAAAGGGGCCCGGAAGGGGGUCAAGGGGGUAAAGGAGAGGAGGGGGGCCCAAAACUGGGCCCGUUCCCACUGAUUCUCCACCCACCAUUCCACCCUGCAAUGAAACAUCCACAGCAUGAUGCUUCCACCACCAUGCUUCACUGUGGGGAUGGUGUUCUCGGGGUGAUGAGAGGUGUUGGGUUUGCACCAGACAUAGCGUUUUCCUUGAUGGCCAAAAUGCUCAAUUUUAGUCUCAUCUGACCAGAGUACCUUCUUCCAUGUGUUUGGGGGGUCUCCCACAUGCCUUUUGGCGAACACCAAACGUGUUUGCUUAUUUUUUUCUUUAAGCAAUGGCUUUUUUCUGGCCACUCUUCCGUAAAGCCCAGCUCUGUGGAGUGUACAGCUUAAAGUGGUCCUAUGGACAGAUACUCCAAUCCCCGCUGUGGAGCUUUGCAGCUCCUUCAGGAUUAUCUUUGGUCUCUUUGUUGCCUCUGAUUAAUGCCCUCCUUGCCUGGUCUGUGAGUUUUGGUGGGCGGCCCUCUCUUGGAAGGUUUGUUGUGGUGCCAUAUUCUUUCAAUUUUUUAAUAAUGGAUUUAAUGGUGCUCUGUGGGAUGUUCAAAGUUUCUGAUAUUUUUUUAAAUAAUCCAACCCUGAUCUGUACUUCUCCACAACUUUAUCCCUGACCUGUUUGGAGAGCUCCUUCUUCAUGGUGCCGCUUGCUUGGUGGUGCCCCUUGCUUAUUGGUGUUGCAGACUGGGGCUUUUGAGAACAGGUGUGUGUAUAUAUAUAUACUGAGAUCAUGUGACAGAUCAUGUGACACUUAGAUUGCACACGUGGACUUUUUUUAACUAAUUAUGUGACUUCUGAAGGUAAUUGGUUGCACCAGAUCUUAUUUAUUAUUAUCUGUUAUUUACCAGAUCUUAGCCUAUUUGUGUCUUUUUAGAGCAGGAAGACAAUCUGUGUCCACAGCCACAAUCAGACAAUCAGCUAAAAUAAAAUGCAUCAUUUGAAGAACAAAUCGUGGCGAGUCAUAAAAUAGUCCUGAUCAUAAAGACCUAGUCAAUAUCCAAAACAACUAACAAUAAACUGAAAUCAGACAUUUUGUUUAUUGUAAAAUCUUGUCUUUCUCAUCAAUGCCACAACUAAUUUCACCAAUCUGGGAGUUAAACUCAUAAAGUAUUGAAUCAUUUAGCUGUGUAUUUAGGAUGGAAUCAAGCCAUUAGAAUGUACCGGAGGCCACCAAAACAGAGCUUGUUCGAAAUAGAAAUCCCCUGGGGGGGGUCAUGCCCCCGGACCCCCCUACGCAGCCCAGAACGUCCUGGUUAGCUACGUUUCUAUUUGGCUGGCUACUACUGUGUACUGCCUUAUACUGACAGUAUUUUCUCUCUCUGUUUCUGCUUCUCUCUCUCUCUUUCUAUUUCUCCCUCUCUCCCCACCCCUGUCUCCCUCUCUCCUUCCCUGUCUCCCUCUCUCCCCACCCCUGUCUCCCUGCCUUCCCUCUUUCUGUCUAUCUGUCCCCCCCCACUCCCUUUCCUUCCCUCCAGACGGAGACGGUGGCUGGAGUAACUGGUCUCCGUGUAGUGUAACCUGUGGGAACGGGAACCAGAAGAGGACCAGGUCAUGUGGUUACGCCUGCAGCGCCACCGAGUCACGCACCUGUGACAUGCCAUCCUGCCCAGGUGAGGAGGGAGGGUGUAUGUGUGUGUGUGUGUGUGUGUGUGUGUGUGGAUCUAGGGUUGUAAUCAUUGUUCCUAACCAUAGAUAACAGUUGCAAUUAAAACCUACAUUUAUAUUGGACAAAUUCAGGUAGGUCCCUCUCCAUGUUGUAGUGUCAUCAGUUAAAUGUGCUUUUAAAGGUGUUUUCUACUUGAGUCGACAUCUGCAGCAUUUACUGCCGACAUGAUCUUCGUGAACAUCGGGGAAAUUGAAAAGUCUAUCGCUGUGCAAAGGUCAUUCUUCUGUGUUUGAAUCCGGCUUAGUUUACCAGCGCUGGGGUUUAUUAUGGAUCCCCAUUAGUUCCUGUCAAGGCAGCAGCUACUCUUCCUGGGGUUUAUUAUGGAUCCCCAUUAGUUCCUGCCAAGGCAGCAGCUACUCUUCCUGGGGUUUAUUAUGGAUCCCCAUUAGUUCCUGCCAAGGCAGCAGCUACUCUUCCUGGGGUUUAUUAUGGAACCCCAUUAGUUCCUGUCAAGACAGCAGCUACUCUUCCUGGGGUUUAUUAUGGAUCCCCAUUAGUUCCUGCCAAGGCAGCAGCUACUCUUCCUGGGGUUUAUUAUGGACCCAUUAGUUCCUGCCAAGGCAGCAGCUACUCUUCCUGGGGUUUAUUAUGGAUCCCCAUUAGUUCCUGCCAAGGCAGCAGCUACUCUUCCUGGGGUUUAUUAUGGAUCCCCAUUAAUUCCUGCCAAGGCAGCAGCUACUCUUCCUGGGGUCCAGCCAAAAUAAGGCAGUUAUAUACAGUUGAAAACAUUACAAUACAUUUCACAAUAGAUUUCACAACACAUUGUGGUCUCUCAGGCCACUACUCUACUACAUUUUAGUCAUUUAGCAGACGCUCUUAUCCAGAGCGACUUACAGUUAGUGAAUACAUAUUUUUUUUUUAUACUGGCCCCCCGUGGGAAUUGAACCCACUCUAUCAACUGAGCUACAUCCCUGCCGGCCAUUCCCUCCCCUACCCUGGACGACACUGGGCCAAUUGUGCGCCGCCCAUGAGUCUCCCGGUCGCGGCUGGCUGCGACAGAGCCUGGAUUCGAACCAGGAUCUCUAGUGGCACAGUUAGCAAUGCGAUGCAGUGCCUUAGACCACUGCGCCACUCAGGAGUACUACCACAUAUCUAAAACACAAAAUCCGUGUGUGUGUGUGUGUGUGUGUGUGUGUGUGUGUGUGUGUGUGUGAGAGAGAGAGUGUCUCUUAACAGUAUGCGCUGUUCCAAAAGGUGUAUUUGUAUCUGUUUUUUAAAUCUAAUUUUACUGCUUGCAUCAGUUACUUGAUGUGGAACAGAGUUCCACGUAGUCAUGGCUCUAUGUAGUACUGUGCGCCUUCCAUAGUCUGUUCUGGACUUGGGGACUGUGAAGAGACCUCUGGUGGCAUGUCUUGUGGGGUAUGCAUGGGUCCGAGCUGUGUGCUAGUAGUUUAAACAGACAGCUCGGUGUAUUCAACAUGUCAAUACCUCUCACAUACAAGUAGUGAUGAAGUCGAUCUCUCCUCUACUUUGAGCCAGGAGAGACUUACAUUAUUAAUGUUAGCUCUCCGUGUACAUUUUAAGGGCCAGCCGUGCUUCCCUGUUCUGGGUCAAUUGUAAUUUUCCUAAGUCCCUCUUUUGUGACACCUGACCACACGACUGGACAGUAGUCCAGGUGCGACAACUAGGGCCUGUAAGACCUGCCUUGUUGAUAGUCUUGUUAAGAAGCGCUUUAUUAUAGAUGUAAAGUGAUAAGUUUGUCUGUUGCAUCAUUCACUGGCCAUGUCUCUGUGUGCAGGUAUAGAAGAUGCGUUCGAGACAGCCGUCACUGAAGUCAGUCUGCGGGCUGGAACAGAUGAGUUCAACGCUACAGAGCUAUUUGGUGUCGGUAAGAUUCUUCUCUCAUUUACUAUUUGUUUUCAUCAUUUUUCACUUCAGAUCAUCCCUCCAUCGAUGUGUCAGGUUCUUCAAACGUGAUUCUAUUUAGCAUUAGUGUCCAGCUCAGGGUUGGGGUUCCAUGUCUAUUCAGUCAAUUCCAUGUCUAUUCAGUCAAUUCCAGUUCGAAUUUCAGUUUACUUCCUGAAUCUACUGAAUUGUAAUGGAUUUAACUUAACUCCAAACUCUGGUCCAUUCUUCCCAGAACAUUGAUUUGAGUGGGAAUGACUAUUAUCUAUUCUAGUCAUUCUAUUUCUAUGGUCCACCAUGCACAGCUCCGCCUUCCUGGACCUGCUGAUCAUUCCUCAGACCUUCACUGGGAUGGAGGAGGAGAAAGAGGAGGACAGGAAGAGCAGAGCAUGCUGGUCCCAAUAACAUGCUCUGCUCUGCGAUCUGAGUAACCAAUCUGGCCCAAAAAAACCAUGCUCUGCUCUGAUCUGGUCCCAAUCUGGUCCCAAAAUGCUGCUCUGAUCUGGUCCCAAUAACAUGCUUGACUCUGUCUGGUCCCAAAAACAUGCUCUGCCUCUGUCUGGUCCCAAUCUGGUACCAAUAACAUGCUCUGACUUGAUUGCCCAAAAACAUGCUCUGCUCUGAUCUGGUCCCAAUCUGGUCCCAAAAACAUGCUCUGCUCUGAUCUGGUCCCAAUAACAUGCUCUGCUCUGAUCUGGUCCCAAUCUGGUCCCAAUGACAUGCUCUGCUCUGAUCUAGUCCCAAUGACAUGCUCUGCUCUGCGAUCUGGUCCCAAUCUGGUCCCAAUAACAUGCUCUGCUCUGAUCUGGUCCCAAUCUGGUCCCAAUAACAUGCUCUGCUCUGAUCUGGUCCCAAUCUGGUCCCAAUAACAUGCUCUGCUCUGAUCUGGUCCCAAUAACAUGCUCUGCCCUGUGAUCUGGUCCCAAUAACAUGCUCAGCUCUGUGAUCUGGUCCCAACCUGGUCCCAAUAACAUGCUCUGCUCUGUGAUCUGGUCCCAAUCUGGUCCCAAUAACAUGCUCUGCUCUGGUCCCAAUCUGGUCCCAAUAACAUGCUCUGCUCUGCGAUCUGGUCCCAACCUGGUCCCAAUAACAUGCUCUGCUCUGUGAUCUGGUCCCAAUCUGGUCCCAAUAACAUGUUCUGCUCUGAUCUGGUCCCAAUCUGGUCCCAAUAACAUGCUCUGCUCUGAUCUGGUCCCAAUCUGGUCCCAAUAACAUGCUCUGCUCUGGAUCUGGUCCCAAUCUGGUCCCAAUAACAUGCUCUGCUCUGUGAUUUGGUCCCAAUAUGGUCCCAAUAACAUGCUCUGCUCUGUGAUCUGGUCCCAAUCUGGUCCCAAUAACAUGCUCUGCUCUGUGAUCUGGUCCCAAUCUGGUCCCAAUAACAUGCUCUGCAAUCUGGUCCCAAUAACAUGCUCUGCUCUGUGAUCUGGUCCCAAUCUGGUCCCAAUAACAUGCUCUGCCCUGCGAUCUGGUCCCAACCUGGUCCCAAUAACAUGCUCUGCCCUGCGAUCUGGUCCCAACCUGGUCCCAAAAACAUGCUCUGCGAUCUGGUCCCAAUCUGGUCCCAAUAACAUGCUCUGCCCUGCGAUCUGGUCCCAAUUUGGUCCCAAUGACAUGCUCUGCGAUCUGGUCCCAAUCUGGUCCCAAUAACAUGCUCUGCUCUGCGAUCUGGUCCCGAUCUGGUACCAAUCUGGUCCCAAUAACAUGCUCUGCCCUGCGAUCUGGUCCCAAUCUGGUCCCAAUAACAUGCGCUGCGAUCUGGUCCCAAUAACAUGCUCUGUGAUCUGGUCCCAAUCUGGUCCCAAUAACAUGCUCUGCGCUGCGAUCUGGUCCCAAUCUGGUCCCAAUAACAUGCUCUGCUCUGCGAUCUGGUCCCAAUGACAUGCUCUGCUCUGCGAUCUGGUCCCAAUCUGGUCCCAAUAACAUGCGCUGCGAUCUGGUCCCAAUAACAUGCUCUGCUCUGUGAUCUGGUCCCAAUCUGAGAGAGAGGCAAGUGAGAAGAUAGAGAGAGAGUAAAAGAGAUCUAGAUCCAGACUAACUAACUCUCUCUGAUCUCUUCCAGACACAGACAGCUGUAGAGAUAGAUCCAGACUAACUAACUCUCUUUGAUCCCUUCCAGACACAGACAGCUGUAGAGAUAGAUCCAGACUAACUAACUCUCUUUGAUCUCUUCCAGACACAGACAGCUGUGAACGCUGGAUGAACUGUAAGUCUGAGUUCCUGAAGAAAUACAUGACUAAAGUCUCCAACGACCUCCCCAGCUGCCCUUGCUCCUACCCCACCGAGGUGGCCUACAGCACGGCCGACGUCCCCGACCCGGCCACGCGCCGGGACUUCCGCUGGAAAGACGCCAGCGGCCCCAAGGAGAAGCUAGAGAUCUACAAACCCACGGCCCGGUACUGCAUCCGCUCCACGUUAACUCUAGAGUCCACGACUCUGGCCGCACAGCACUGCUGCUACGGUGACAACAUGAAGCUCAUCACCCGCGGAAAAGGAGCGGGAACGCCAAACCUCAUCAGCACGGAGUUCUCUGCCGACCUCCACUACAAGGUAGACAUCCUGCCCUGGAUCAUCUGUAAGGGGGACUGGAGCCGCUAUAACCAGGCCAGGCCACCUAGCAACGGGCAGAAGUGUCCGGACAACCCCCUGGAUGAGGAUUACCACAAACAGGUGGAGGAGGCAUGGGAGUUUUAG